AUUACCAGAGUAAAGAACAACUUCUAUCUUUUAUAUACUCUAUCUCUCUCUACAAAAUGGAUUCGAGGACUCUGGUGCUACUGCUGCUCUUUUGCCUCAUGUUCCUGCAUGAUGCUUCUGAUAUCACUCACGCCAAUGCCAAUGUUCAUGCACUUCCCAUUCGCAAGAUGAUGGUAAUGAAGAAGGAUAAUGAAUGGGGAGGAGCAAAUGGAAUUGAAGAAGAGAAGGAGAAGGUUUUCGGGUUAAAUGAAGAACUAAGGACUGUCCCUUCAGGACCUGACCCUUUGCACCAUCAUGUGAACCCCCCAAGAAAGCCACGAACCGACUCUCAUAUCCCUUAAACCUCCUUUUUUUUUCUAUGUAUUUCGUAUUAUAAAUUAACUCUGCUGUUUAAUCGGUUUCAUGUUGAGGGAUUUUCUGUUUUAUCCCUCACUUUCCCUAAGGUUGUGAUUAUAGUUAAUGUAAGAUAAGCACCACUUUUGUUUCCCAUGGAUCUAUUUAGGAACCCCAUUUUGAUGUAUUGGCGACAAAUUAAAAACUUCUUCAAGACAAUAUUAUAUGCCGUUGGGGAAUGUAUUAGUACUUUUGCGAUUGUCAAGGCAGCUUAUUAAUGGAAAUGACAGUAAUAACUAUAUCAAAACAUAUAGUAAUGAUGAUGAUGAAUUGAUGAUGUUGUGGGAAGUAUAAAUGGAAUCGGCAGUGACAGGCAGUGUCAGUGUCAAAGAUGACCAUUUGUAGUCACAAGUUGUAUCGAAGGCUACCGUUGUGGAGGAGUAACCAUACGACACACAUAUGGUUUUAAUAGUACGGAGUCUGAAAAUAUCGAUAUUGUGAUGGCAUAAUAACUAACCUAGAGAGCUAAUUAUUAUCCUUAGUGAUACCAAAUCUAUAUGAUACGAUAUUAUUGGUAUAGAAGAGUAAAGUGACUGAUACUUGAGAUGUGACACUGGCGAUUUCGCUCACGUCACCACUUUGCCCUCCUCAAAGAUCGCUUACGGCUUUAUCCAUUCACUUUUCCGUAUCUUUCAAAUACAAUUUAAAUUGUAUUUUUAUUAAAAUCGGUGUUAUAAGAAAAUUAUCACUAUUAUUACAGGCUUUCCAUGUUCUUAUAAUUGCUGGAAAUAAUACUAAAGUUAUCGUCAAUUUCGUUCUUUCCUCCAGUGUCAUCCCAAAACUUGUUUUGGUGUAACGAGAAUUUUCAUACGUACUUUAAAAUCAAGCAGAUAUAUUUCCAUAUCCUUUUUUUGGUAACAGAAACAAGAAAAUUAAAAAGAACGCACCAGGCAAAAAAUUUCCAUAUGCUAUUAAACAAGAAAUAACUAAUUUACAUAACUGCAAACCAGUUAUUUUUUUAUUAAUUUAAAAUGCUACAAGAAAAUAAUAUGAGUUUAAAAUAACUAAUUAAAGGGUAUGACUGGUUUCUCUGCUACCACCCGCAAAUACAGCUUUUGCGGUUGGUAGCGGUUGUUGGCAUUUUGCAACAAUCACUCAAAUCGUUCUAAACCGUUUCAAAUCGUUCUAAACCUCAUAAAUUCAAAAGCUGGUUCCAGUUAACGUAUGUGGUUGCAGGAGGAUAAUUUUUUUUAAACACUAUAAAUACAAAAAUAAAAAUAUUCAAUAAAAAAUUUAAAUUAGAAUUAUAAAAAAAAUGAAAAAUAUAUCUAUUAUAUUUUAAUUAAUAUUAUAAAAUUUUAAAAUAAAGAUAUUAUCUAUAAUUUAAAAAAAAUUAAAACUAUAACUUUCUAAAUAUAUUUUUAUAUUUAUUAUAAUAUUAUGAUUUUUGAUAUUUUGAUAUUUUUAUAAUUUUAGAAAAUGUAAAUAUUAUUAAUUUAUUAUUUAACCGUUGUUGUAUUUAGUAGUUAACUAAUCAUAGAUAUUCUGUAAAUGCACUAAUUUCUAACCGUAUAACCAAUCGUACAAAUCUCUUAAAACUGCUAGAAACCGCGACCACCCGCAUCCGCAAAAUUUCGCAACAUCAACCGCUGCGUUUGAACCAGCCAGGUCCUAAAUGUGUCGAAACUUAAUAAUCCAUUUUAUCUAUGGAGUGAUUCUUGGGAUUUAGCAUAUCUGAUUUUGUCGUCCAUUUUUUGAUUCUUGGAUAACGUCUUAUCUGAUUUUGGAUUAGAGGCUGAUUCAUUCGGAAAACACAAAAAAAAAUUGAAAUCAAGCAAUAAAAGGAAGAAACUUUAUCGGAAAUAAAACGAUAACAAAAGAACAAAAUUUUUGGGUGUGAUUGAAAGGUCUAAUAGAGUAAAAUUUUACUCUAGAUCAAUAUUUACUCUAUAUUGAGCUAAAAUGUUACCAAUCAAGUGGAAUAUAAUUUUUUUUAUUUACUCUAUGUACUGUGCACAAAUAGGAAAAGACACACUAAAUAUUGUUCUGAGUUAUGUUAGAGAUAAAAUUUUAUUCUGGAUACUUUCUUCUUUCAUUUUUCACUUUUUUCAUUUUUUUCUGAUUUUCACUCUUUCAUUUACUCUCAUUUCUUCUUAUAUUUACUAAUCACACUCUUCAUCUUUCCUCUAAACCACAUCUGCUGUUAUUUCAUCAAGUACCUGUAUGAAAGAAUUGAGAGAAAUGAUAUAGUCGUUACUACAUUAAAAAAACAUUGUUUCUAAAGGGUAGUUCGAAUCUUGGUUGUGGUGAAAGGGUUUCCACUUUAAAAAUUCAACCACUAGACCAAAGACGACUUUUCCAUACAUUAUUGCAUUUGUUUUAGGUUUUAACCAUUGUUUUGUUUAGUUUAACGAUUUUAUUGAUUAACAGAACCGGACUUGGAAUAAACAGUUUUUUCAAGUGAUAAUAUGAAGAUGUUUCCUUCAUUUAAAAAUUCCGA